CCGGACACAAAGACGGCCGGCCUCUCACCGGAAUGGCAUCCAAGCCAUCUCAGCUAUCCAAAGCCCCAGAUGCCGGCAUGUGCGUUCAGCCUGCAGCCUGCUAAGCGCACAACAAGAGGCAAUUACGGCGCAACUCGGCCGCUGCAGGCCGAGGGAGGCACGGAGGGAGGCACGGAGGGGGCCCUUUGAGCCGCACUUUUAUUCGGUGUGGGGGUUCCUCGAGCUGGCAGAAAUCGCAAGGCUGGCCCACGUCUCGGUGCUAAAAAUGGGAGCAAGUGGGAGCAGCGUGCCUGCGGGAAGGAAGGAGCCGAAGCGCAUGGUGUCUGGGUGACUUCUGCACGCGCGUGGUAAAGCGGGGGACACACAUGCAGCAAAGGGAUGCACCAACCUGUCUCCCAGCCCGCUCAGGCCAGACCGCGUGAGCACUGACUUUCAGCCCAGCAAAACCGCGUGGGCAGGGGGAGUUAAGUUGCGGCUGAAGACCAGGCGGAGUGAAACUCCAGGCCGACCUCACUCCUGGCAUUCAACCAAACUUGCAGAGAACCAACCCGAUCCCAGCAUGAUGCAAAUAUCUCAGGGCACGCUUGGCAUCCCUUGGCAUCAGUCCUACCACUCCAGCUCCUCGACCAGCGAUCUCUCUGGUUACGAGCAUGGCUAUCUGAGGAGAAGUCCUGACCAGUACAGUUCCCGAGGCAGCAUGGAAAGCCUGGAACACUCCUCCCCUGGCUACCACCCUUGUCACCUGUCCCCAGCCAAAUCCACCAACAGCAUCGACCAGCUCUCCCACCUCCACAGCAAGAGAGACUCAGCCUACAGCUCCUUCUCCACCAACUCCAGCAUCCCCGAGUACCCUGCUCCGCCGUUCAGCAAGGAGCACUCCUGCUCCACAGACAGCAUGCACUCCCGGGGUGGCCUGCAGGAGGGGAUGAGGCAGGCUGACAUCAGGUACGUCAAGACAGUCUACGACGCCCAGCGAGGGAUCUCUGAGGAGUACGAGGUGAAGUCCUCAGCCUUACUUCCCAGCUGCGAGGCCCGGGCCUCGAUGGAUGGUCGCGGCCAUGGCAGGCUCCACGGCUUCAGCCGGAACAAUGUGGCUCCCUCCUGGGCGCAGCCAGCCCAGGGCUCCUCGGACAGUGAGAGCCAGCCCCCCAAGGGACCUCCCUUGCCUCCCACUCGCAGCGACAGCUAUGCAGCCAUCAGGCAUCACGAGAGGCCCAGCCAAUGCUCCGGCCUUGAUCCGAACAAGUCCAGCCGAACCCAGCCAAAAGGGGCCUGGCCUCCGCUUGUCAGCACGCUCUCCCAGGGGCCACUGCUCAAGAGCCACUUCGGAGAAGGGCACUUGCACACGGUGCUGGAGAAGAGCCCGGAAAGCAGCCCCACAGUGAAGCCCAAGCAGAGCUAUUCCCAGCCUGGGCAGCCUCUGCUGCCUACAGGGGUCUACCCGGUGCCUUCCCCAGAGCCGCACUACGCCCAGGUGCCCCAGCCUUCCGCAAGCAAUAACGGGACGGUUUAUCCAGCUCUGGCCAAAGAAAGUGGCUACUCUUCGUCUCUUCCCAUCUCAUACGACAAAGGUGCAGCCAGCAGCACACUGGGCUUUGAUGAGAAUGGAAACCAAAGCACUGCAAACAGAUCGACCGUCUUCUACCAGCCCCUGGCCGCUGAGAGAAAGCACGAUGCUGCAGCCAAGCUUGCCCAGCAAAAACCUCCUAACACAGCAGGCCCAGAAGUCUACCUGAGCACAUCGAGGAAGGAGGAGUUGUUGCCACCUUACAAGGUGGCACACAGCACCUGCGACACCACAAGUACUGCCCAGGCCUCCAAACACAGUUUGCAAGCCCUGCAGCCCGAGCCGAGGGAUGCUGGUGAGAGAAGAAGCCCUUACCAGCCCAGAGAGGACUGGGUGGCUGAAUCCCAGGAGGACAAAAAUGGCAACGCGCAGAUAAAUGAGAGAGAUGCUGCCGCUCUCCACCAGUGGGGUCACAGCAAGGCCAAGCAGUACGGCUUCUCCUCCUUGCAGAACAUCGCAGAGAGCACCAGGAGGCAAAGCAGCUCUGAGCUAAAGGAGACACAGCCGGGUGAGGGUUAUUCCAACACCAAGAUGUCCUUCUUGAACAGCAGCAGCAAAGAGGAGAAGGACCAGAGGGGACAGGGGCCCAAACAGUGGAGUGAUGCAGACCCGCAGGCCUUUGCGAGGCAGGAGGAACAGGGCACGAGCGUGGCCCCGUUCCAUGCUGCUGAGACAAAAUACAAAGAGCCCCCUUUGCCGCAGCACCAGAAAACCUCUGAUUUUGGGAGGAGCCGGCUCAGUUCUAGCAGCACCCAUUGUGUUCCCUACGGAAAACCGGACCCCAUCAAGUCCCACUGCUCUGUACUGGAGAAGGUCAGCAAGUUCGAGCAGCGAGAGCAAAGCACUCACCGGCCCCAUAGUGCCAACGUUCCCAGCUUCGGCCAGCACUAUGGGCCCAGCAGGGCGAGCCAGCCCUCCGGCACGAAGUGCUCUCUGAACAGCCAGGAGGACAUGCGCAGCAAGCUGAGCUCCCGCGAGCCCGUCCAGCUGCUCGGGGAGCUGGGCAGGGUCUCCAGCCCCUCUGUCAGGAAUGGGAAUUUGGAUGAGGCUCACUGGCACUCCGUGGAGCUGCAGAUGGCAGCUUCGGCGAAGCAGACAAGGUCCAGCGAAUUCUACAGCCCGUCUCCUGAAAAUGAGGUGCAAACAAGGGCAGCUCAGCUGCCACGGAGCAAAAGCACGUUCCAGCUGGGAGUGGAGCCUGAGAAGGAAGUCCUCUGGAAGGAUAACGUCCAGGAUGCCCAUGGGUCGCAGCUGGACACACCGUUCAACAGGGCCUACAGGAACAGCAUUAAAGACGCUCAGUCUCGGGUGCUGAGGGCCACCUCGUUCCGCCGCAUCAGCCCCCCCUUUGGGAGCACACCCAAGAGGACAGCCCAGCGGCCUGCCUCGGCCCACGUGGGCAUGAGGAGCACAGCAGCGUCUCCCCACACCCCGAAGGAGAGGCACAGCGUGACGCCGACAGAAGGCAGCCUCUCUGCCCUGGACUACACCAAGACACAGCACGUCUUGCGCAUCGGGGGCCGAAAGCGGCUGACUGCGGAGCAGAAGAAGCGGUCUUACUCGGAGCCAGAGAAGAUGAAUGAGGUGGGCAUCUCCGAUGGGGAGCCGUCGCCUUUCUCCUUCCAGAAGAAAAGCCUCCAUUUUGUCUUCCCAGAGAAUACAGUGGCUGACAGGCGUAAGAUCUUUGAAAGGGAGGGCAUAGCUUCUUCCACGGCCAGCCUCUCCAAGCCGGAGCUCAAGCAGCUCCAGCAGAACGCCCUCGCUGACUACAUCGAGCGCAAAACAGGGAAGCGGCCAUCCUCGCAGGACGUCGGGCUGCUGAGGGAGCGCUCCCACAGCUCCUACCUGCAGGCAGGUGGCCCGGACAGCCAGAGCCUUUCCUCUGCCUCCAGCAUGAACUCCCUCCAGGACCAGAACCUAUAUCGCCGCAGAGAGUCGGUAGAGCGGAUAGGCAGGACGGGGCGGAUGUCUUCUACCCUUCCUCCCGGGCUCAUGGGCUGCUUUGAUGUGAGCGGAGAUGAGCAGAAGAAAGGGCACCGGGAAGGCUUGGUCACGAGCCGAUCCAAAACAGACAGAUGCUGGGAUUACAGGGCCAAAACGGAGCUCACCAAAGGCACGCAGACAGACCCUCUGGGCCUGCAGGGCCAGCCUUGCUUUGGGAAGCAGGAGCAGGGCUUCGAAACACCCUCCACCAGGAAAUCUGGGAAAUCAGUGUCUGUGGAAGAUUUGCUCGAGAGGUAUGACAAUCAGCAGAGGAAAGUGUGUGUCCCAGUGCACACGCGUUCCAGAUCAUCUCCCACAGCGGAUAAGAAGCACCAGGACCUGCUGAGAAGGGAAAGCAGUGAAUUUGGCGCCAUGGUGAGAGAUCCUUUCUACGUGAUCAGCGCAGGAGCCAGGUCUUUUAGCAAGAAAGAAAGAAGCCACUCUGAAAAAAUGGCAUUUCCAAGUUAUUAUCCCCAUCCACUCCAUGGUAGUGAGGUUGCCACCAGGUCCUCCACAGUGACCGAGAGCCAUAAGACCUCAGAAUCUUCCAGGCAAGAUAUCAGGACUUCUGCAUUUGUCCCAUCUCCAACAGAGGCAAGGAGUCACUAUCAGGAGCAAAAGCAAGGCUUUAAACCCAUGUUUCUUCCUCUUAAUCCAUAUGCAUCCGGCCAGUCCUCACCUACCAUGCCCACACAGACUCCCUCAGACUUUUUGACUGCAGAUGAUGGCCAGGCUCUGAGACAGCACCAUGCCAAACGAGAUGCUCUUCCCCCUGAGAGCAGUGGUACUACACAGGAACAGUCUCUGGAUGCUGUUCAGGAUAGAUCCCCUGAGUCUCCUGCAGAAGAAAUCAUGUGGAGAAGGAAAGCAGGGCUGCUGCACAGAUCCCUCCCAGCCAAGGUGAUGUGGGCUCAUUCAGUCAAAGACAACGGCUCACCACCUGCUAUAGCGUCUCCUCCAGCAGCUGGGCCAAAGUUCUCCCAGAGGUGGCAGUCCCUUCCAACACAGAGCAGCACUUCUUCUGACCCAGAGACUCCUUCUCCCCAGGGGACAACCCACCUCCGGAUCUCGGAGUCUUGCCUGCAGCUCACGCCUCCGCCAUUGCUGCAGGACGAUGAAGACGACGAGGUGUUUGUUAUGCCUUCCCAGCCCGGGGUCAUCCCUCCACCCUUCUCACCCCCACCGCCACCCCUUCUUCCUCCUGAGCUGAGCUCUUGCACUUCUGUGAACGGCACAGAGGAAUUCCCAACUCCUCCCCCACCAGCGGCACUUGAGGGGUAUGGGGCAGCUGGAGACAAAUCCACCAGGCUCCCAGAGGAGGACAAAGUGAGCUUCAGAAGCUUUCCCAAAGCCCUGGCCAAGAGGGAGAUAACAGGGUUGGGCAUGAAUAUCGGUGAAAAGAAUUGGUCCUUCUCACCGCCUGCAUCAAAGAGGACUAGUUCUCCACCUGCUGUGGAUAAGCAGCACCAGUUACCUGCUUCUUCUGAAGGGCCUCAAAACUCUUAUAGACAGCCCACAACUCAACCUGAAAGCAACCACAGAGAGCCAGCAGUUAACACUGGAGAGUCAGAAAAGGGCAGCCCAGACUCGGGGACACUCAGCACAGCUUCUCCGGUGAAGACAAAGAAAAAGAGCCCAGAGGAUCUUAAGUCAGAGGCUCUAGCGAAAGAGAUCGUCCAUAAAGACAAGUCUCUGGCUGAUAUCCUGGAUCCGGACUCCAAAAUGAAGACAACCAUGGACUUAAUGGAAGGGCUUUUCCCCAGUGGAACCAGCUUGCUGAAGGAGAACAACAUGAAAAGGAAGAUGACACAGAAGAAAUCUAGCAGGACAGCCGCAGAAGAUAACACGAGAGAAGAAAAGGAAGCUCCUGUAACCCUGGUCACCUGUCCUGCUUAUUACAACGUAUCAGCACCCAAAGCAGAGCUGCUGAAUAAAAUCAAAGACUUGCCAGAAGAAGCAGGAGAGGAAGAGGAGCUGCUGGACAUCAAUGAGAAGAAGGCUGAGCUCAUCGGGAGCUUGACCCACAAACUGGAAAUCCUGAAGGAAGCCAAGGAAGGCCUGCUUGCAGACAUUAAGAUGAAUAAUGCUCUUGGAGAGGAGGUGGAGCUGUUGAUCAGCGAGCUAUGCAAACCAAACGAGUUUGACAAAUACAAGAUGUUCAUUGGCGAUUUAGAUAAGGUGGUGAACCUUCUGCUCUCCCUCUCAGGACGCCUGGCCCGGGUUGAGAAUGUUCUAAGUAGCUUAGGGGAAAAUGCCAACAGUGAAGAGCGGAGUUCUCUGAACGAGAAGAGGAAACUGCUGGCUGGCCAGCAUGAAGACGCCCGGGAACUGAAGGAAAAUCUUGACCGUCGAGAACGGGUGGUCUUGGAGAUCCUGGGCAACUACCUCUCUGAGGAACAGCUCCAGGACUACCAGCACUUUGUAAAGAUGAAGUCUGCACUCCUCAUAGAGCAGCGAGAGCUAGACGAUAAAAUCAAACUGGGACAGGAACAGCUCAAGUGCCUGAUGGAAAGCCUCCCCACAGACUUCACACCCAGGGAUGCAACAGCAGCAGCUGCCCUAGCUGCAGCACUUGCUACCUCCGCCGGGGUCGGUGGUAAAACGCUUCCAGUGGUCUCAUCCUCACUCUAACCUUUCCCAUGUGGCCCUGGGCAAAGUCUUUCUGCUUGAGUCUAUUUAAUCCAAGUACUUUGGAGAUGGUUCUCUACAGUGACAAUGAACAGAGACAGGUUUAAACAGGAUUUCAAUGAAGGAAAAAAUAGCAAUAAUAAAGGUUUUAUUUUCCUUUCCUUCCACCACUGCUUCCUGGAAACUUAAAUCAGUCUGGAGGGAACUAAACUGUAUCUCCUCCUAAACUAUAUCUCCUCCUGCCAGAGAAGAGGAAUUCUCAUGAGAAAUAAACGUUACCUUUAAUAAAAAACAUCACCUCCUUUCUUUCCUCCCUUUCCUGCCUACCUGGCACCUCAUUAAAUAAUGAAGGAUCUAAAAGAAUGAAGCCUUAAAAAUAAAACCAGCCCAUUCUACUGAACAUUAAUGAUAUUUAUAUUUUUUAAAGAACAAGACAACGUGUAAGUUUUUGUACAUACUCUAAUCAGUUUCUUGAUUCUACUUUGUUCUGUAUGUAGAAAAGACAUUUAAUUUUGUAUUUUGUGAAAACAUUAACAAAAAGAGGGAACCCCAAAGAUAGUCAUACAUUAGCUUGGAACAUCUCUUCGUGGUUUUGUUGUUGUUUUUUAAUAUAAUAAAGGGCUACCAGAAGAAGCUUCAA